AUGGCAUCAGGAGAGAAUCAUUCCUACAACAAGGCUCUACUUUUUAAUGGCACGAACUAUGCUUUUUGGCAGAUUCGUAUGGAGACUUUUCUGAAGGCACUUGGUUUUGAUAUUUGGAUGUUAGUAAAAAAUGGAUAUACGCCUGCCAUAGAGCCAAUAACUGAGCCUGCAGUUGAAAAGAAAAAAUUUGAGAAUGACUCAAAGGCCAAUAAUGCACUAUUGAGUGGAUUAGUUGAUAGCAAGUUUGUCAGAGUAAUGGGCUGUGAAUUUGCCAAAGAUGUGUGGGACAAGCUCAAGAGUGUCCAUGAAGGAGAUGCAAAAAUCAAGGAGGCAAAACUACAGCAUUACAGGGCACAGUUUGAAGGGCUGAAAAUGUCUGAGAAGGAAAUAGUUGAAGCUUACUUGCUGCGAGUUAAUGAAACAGUAAAUUCAAUUAGGGCUCAUGGAGAGAAAUUGAAGGAAACUGUUGUUGUGAAGAGAGUGCUCAGAUCUCUGCCUGCCAAAUAUAACCCCAAAGUGUCAGCCAUAGAAGAAGCCAAAGAUCUUGACACUCUCAGUUUGGAUGAAGUACAUGGAUCUCUAACGGCAUAUGGAAUGAGAAUUGGCAAAGAAAAAUCAACAAAGAAGGAAGCCGCUUUUAAAGCUCUAAAGAAUCUGAAAAUCAAGCAAGAGUCUGAUGAUGAGGACUCUGAGGAUGAGCUCAUUGCAAACUUGUGCCCAAAUAAAGAGAAGCAUGAGGAUGAAGAAGAAGAAGAUGCACAAGAGAGUAGCAGAAGCAAAAAGAACAAAAAGAAAUUUUUUCCAAAGAGAGGGAAAACAAAUAGAAGGAGUCUGAUUUCCAAGAAAAAUGAUAGUUCUUCAAAUGAAUUUGAUGAUGACAGUGAUGAGAGUGAUGAGGCACUAUUUAUGGCUUUUACAGAAGUGACUCAAGAUACUAUUACAAUUGCAUCAGAGAAUGAGGAAGAAGGGGAAAUUAACUUAGAGGGAGAACUACUAUCUGCUUUGAGUGACUUGAAGGAUAAAAGAAAGAAGACCAAAAAUCUGAUUAAGCAGCUUGGUGAGGCUAAUGAAAUGAUCAUUCAGUUGAAGGUGGCAGUGGAAGAAUCAAAGAAAAUGACUGAGGACCUUAUGAUCAGCCUAUCCUCCAAAAAUGACAAGUGCAUUUUUCUUGAAGAACAGAGUAUGUUGCUAGGAGCUGAGUUAGAUGAACUAAAGAAGGUAGGAAUUGUGUUCACAACACCUCAGACAACCACUUUUGCAAGAUCCAAUAUAGAGAUAGCAAACACUCAUUUAGAAGUUACUUCAUGCCAAGAUAUGUCUCAAUCUAAUGACCUUGAUGAGAUAUUGAGUAGUCAGAGGCCAACUCACAUCAAAUUUGGACUUGGUUUUGAACCUGGAAAUUCCUCAAAAAUUCAAAAUACCAAGGGUAAGGGCAUAGCUCAAGUCCCUGUGAAGUUUGUUCAAAAGAAACACUUUGGUACUCAAUCCAGAAGAAGAAUGAAUGUCAAGCCUAGCAAGGAAGUGGAUAGAGACAUUUUACCAGAGUUACUCAACAGAGGCAGCCUUCUAGAGAUAGAUAUCAGUUCCAUGGUUACUGCUAUAGUUGUAAUGGUUAUGGACACAGGAUAG